AUGAGUGCAAAUGCUUUUAUAAAUCCUAAGUUGUUAGGAAAAAAGGGUAUAUUUGAAUUUAAAUUUUUUGAUAUUCGUUUUUAUAAUAAUUUGAAAAGAUACUUGUAAUUAUAAUUCCAGAAAUAGUUCAUGUUGUUGGAGAUUAAUUUUUAGAAAGUGCAAGCAAUGUUAUAGGAGAUGUAUUUCUUUUGGUUUUGA